AUGGCACACUCCUGGAUGAGCCACUUAAAAGAUAAGCGACUCGGCGAGGUGUGGUUGCCAUGUUCUCAUAACUCUGCCACCGAUCGAUAUUCUUUUCUUUCCGAAUACCUUUGUGAAAGUAUUCUAUCACUUUUUUCAAAACGCUGGGACCGAUGUCAAAACAAAACCCUAUACGAGCAACUUUUGCUUGGAAUUCGCGCGGUGGAUCUUCGGCUCUUUACAGAUAAAAAUAAUGUUACUUGGACUUGUCACGGCUUUGUAAACCAAAAACUUGAAAAAGUAAUAUGUCAAGUUGCUUGUUUUCUUAUUGAUCACCCUACUGAGUUUGUUCUCAUACUUAUCAAGCAAGGAUGGUUGUCCUUAACAAGAAGGCAUUGGGAAGUUAACUGGCUUCAAGUAAAUAAGUUAAUAGCAAAGUUUGACAAAAGCAAAUCUCAAUCUUCUGAUUACUUUAUCGAAGAGGUAAAUUCUCCCUCGCUUACUAUUCGUCAUAAGCUCUCAACCGAUCUUUUCUUAUCCGAGCUUGCUGGAAGUGUCGCUUUUGUCUCUGAAGAAGAAAACUAUCGGUUCGGAUUCCGUUACCAUUGCAGAGACUUGCUUAUAUACAAUUCCUGGUACCAAACGAACACAUCGCUUCCCAGCGAGCUUCCUAAGAAUCUUUUAAAUUUGAUCUCUUCGCUUCCUGCACAAAAGCCAAAAAACGUCUUGCUGUGGCUGAAUGCGCACUGCACACCAACAGCACGUCUAAUAGUCGCUUCAUAUAAUUACUUUGUGCCGAAUGCCUACAGGUCCCUUUACGAUCUUCACAGAAAAUCUUUAAGUUUUGUAUUGCACGACUUUUUGCAAUCGGACUCUAUAAAAAACUUGGACAAAAUAAAAAUAAGAGGAAUAAUAAGUUCCGAUUUUGUCGAUGAAAAGUUUGUUAACGCAGUAAUAAGUCUAAAUUUUUAA